AAAAGAGCACAAUAUAACAAGCUUGAUAUGUUUGGUUUCUGUAUCCAUACUUUGAUUUCAUUCACAGUCAAACUAAUUAAUCAUUUAUGUGGAUUAAAUAAGAAAAGGGCUCAGAAUUAUCCCUUGGAGAAUUUCACUAUUAACAGGUCCUCACUAUAUUAAAGCACCUCACUCAUUUUCUGCUAUCAUUAGUGCAAUCUCAAACUCUCUAUCAAUGUCAAAGCUUUCCAGUUUUAUUACAAGACACAGAAAUAGAGGCAUUAUUAAAGACCUUACUGGGUUCCCUAACCUCCGUGGCGGACAGCCGAUGAAAAGCCAAAUUACCCUGAUGUAUAUAUGAAAAUACAUGAACCAAAUCCGAACGGUUCUUUUUUCAGUAGCUAUUUAAAUCAACAGUCUGUCAUUGCUGAUCCGAAGACUGGCGCACGCCAGAGUAGCAUGGUUUUGACCAAUAAUGAAUAUUCGGAAGUCAAAACAAUGAUGGACGUAUUCCAUAGAGGGCUAUCUUUAUCCCGUUCAAGAAAGUGUUUAGGUAGCAGAUAUACUACUAAUGAGCCAUAUUCAUGGAUUACUUAUCAAGAAGUUGAUGAGAAAAUUCAGGCUUUUGGAUCAGCGCUUGUUGGAAUUAUGAAUAAGUAUCCAGAGUCAGAAAGGUUUGUAGGUGUUUACGGUCGAAAUUCACCACAGUGGUUUAUUACACAAUAUGCCUGUUUUUGUUACUCGUACACUGUUGUCCCUCUGUAUGCUACUUUGGGUGAUCCAGCUAUGCAACAUAUUCUUAAACAAACUGGGCUCGUCAUAUUAAUGUGCCAUUCAGCAGAUUUAGCUAUCAAGAUCCUAGAGAACUUUAAUUCAUCAUUAAAAGUCAUUAUCAUUGCUGUCCAGGAUCAAAGUUUUGAAGAUCUAAAAGCCCAGUAUAGUUCUUCGGUGAACAUUUAUUCAUUUGAUGAAUUCUCGGAUCUUGGAAGAAGUGAUCUUAAACCAAAAAUUCCUCCAGCUGAGAAAGAUCUAUGCCUCAUCUGUUAUACUAGCGGCAGUACAGGCUUGGCCAAGGGUGUCAUGAUUAGUCAUGAAAAUAUGGUAGAUACAAUCUGCUCUACAAUGGAGUCUACGGAAGCAAAGUUGUAUUGUCGGAAUUCUGUUCACAUUUCAUAUCUACCUUUCGCUCAUGUAAUGGAGCAAGUUACUUCGGCUGCUGCUGUAUUUUGUGGAGCACAAAUCGGAUUCCUUACUGGAGCAAUUACUGGCUUGUUAGAUGAUGCUCAGGCUCUAAAACCUACAGUACUUCCGGCGGUUCCACGUGUCUUGUCGCGUAUAUAUGAAAGAUACCAGAAUGCACUUGGUAAUUCAUUUUUAAAAAGGUAUCUAUAUGAAUAUACUCUUAAAAGAAAUCUAAAGAUUUUAAACAGUGGGAAAAUUAAUCGUGAUGAUAUUCUUGACACACUUUUUUUCAAGAAGCUCCGUCAGGCUCUUGGUGGAAGGGUAUGUAUGAUAGUUACAGGGGGUGCACCAAUUUCACCAGAGCUGUUCAACUUCUUUCGAGUUGCUUUCAAGGGUCUUAUUGUCGCAGGUUACGGAUCAACUGAAGUUUCCGGUGUAACUAGCGUAACUGUCUUAGGGGAAUCUCAUGAAGGUACUGUCGGUGCGAUCACUUCUAGGAUCGAAGUCAAACUUGCUGAUGUCUUAGAUAUGGAUAUUGUAGCUCUCAGAGAUAACAGAGGCGAGAUAUGUAUUAAAGGGAAACGGUGUACCGAAGGUUAUUUCCAAGACCCUGAAAGUACAGCCCAAAUUAUUGAUGCUGAUGGUUGGUUACAUACUGGUGACAUUGGAGAAUGGACUACUGAAGGCGCUUUGAAAAUUGUUGAUCGUGUAAAAAGUAUGUUCAAGUUGGCACAGGGCGAAUAUGUAGCUCCAGAAAAAAUAGAAGUGAUUUAUCAGAACUGUCAACUUAUAGACCAAAUAUUUGUUGAUGGGAAACCGGAACAAAAUUUCCCUGUCGCUGUUGUCAAUCCGAAUUUCGUAAACUUACGUUCAUGUAUUAAUUCUUACCUAAAAUCUGGUUGUAAUGUAGAUGAUGGGAAAAUAUUCGAUCUGAAACCAUCAGAUAUUUCUCGAUUAUCUGACACCGAUAUUUGCAAAAACAUAGAAAUUCGACGAUUUGUUUUGCGAAAAAUGAAUGAAGUCGCAACAGAAAAGGGAUUAAAGAUAUUUGAAAUGGUACAAUCUAUCUACCUAAAUGAUAAUCCAUUUACUGUUGAAAAUGGAUUGUUAACUCCAACCAUGAAAAUAUCACGUCAAAAUGCCCGUCGACACUUUCAAUCUAUCGUUGAAUCACUAUACUCGGAAAGAGAUGUUCUGAAGGUCAAUGCAUAAGUAACAUUUGUAAUUAAUAGCACAAUUUAUCCCACUGCCAUUGUUUACUAUCUUAAGUCAAAAAAUCACGUCACAUACGGCAAUCAUCCUGUUGUUCGUAUAUAAACAAACACAAGGGGAGCACCCCAUCGUUAUUUCUUUUUUCUACUACAAUUAUAUUGUUUAUCGACUUUUUUAAUUCGUGCAAAACCAUCCAUAUUAUAUAUGUAUUUCUAUUUUAUUCAGUGUAUCCUGGGUGACAAUUUACCGUAAGACUCACUCCUACAUAUUUAUUUAAAAUGACCUAUAUUUCUUCAAUUGA